ACUGUUGUAGGUUCUGCCAAUCGCUUGAGGACAGAGUGGGAAAAGGAGCAAGCAGAGUUAGAGGCAGGACAAAAGAAGUUAUAUAGAUGGCUAUAUGCAUAUAUUUUAAUGUUUUAGAAGGCGUGUAGUGAAAAAAAAAACAAAAACAAAAGUAGCGAAUGUGGACAUGACGGUGUAGAUAUGGAGCCCUCUUUGAGCAAGAGGAAUUCGGCGAUAAGAUUAGCGGAUUUGGCAGCGACUCAACCCCUUCCUCAUCAGAAUAUGACAGGCUUCCCGGGGAUAGGGGGGCAUCACCCUCACUCCCACCAUGCCCACCUCCACCCUGGGGAGAUGGGCAACGACCCUGGAGUGGCUCUCACUCCAUUUGGACCCGAGCACAUGGCACAGACAAAUGCUCUCAAACUUAGUCCAUCGCAGCACAUUCAAAGCCAUCCCGAAGCCCAGACCGCGGCAUCCUUCCCGUCUUCUCAGACCACAGUUGGUUUCCCCGUGGCUCACCCCCACUCAGGCUACGCAAGCAGCAGGGACUUCAUCCUCAGGAGAGAGCUCUCAGCCUCUGCUAUGCAUGCACUUGGCGACCAGCAUAGUUCCGCCUCCUCCCCUCAUCACCAUGGCAUGUUCAUUUCCCCAACAGGUGCUUACGGGCACACGGAAGGUGGUGCCCAUCCACUUUUCACGGGAAUCCACGAGCAGGCAGCCCCAGGUGCCCAUCACCAUGCUCUCAACGGACAGAUGCGUCUGGGUCUUCCAGGAGACAUCUACGGCCGGCCAGAACACUUCGGCCACAGGCCCGAGCACUAUGGACCGUCCCUUCACGGCUACAAUUCCAUGAACUUAAAUGUGAACCUCGCUUCAGCCCCUCAUGGAGCCACGGGGGCGUUUUUGAGGUACAUGAGGCAGCCCAUCAAACAAGAGCUGAUCUGCAAAUGGAUUGACCAGGAACAAACGUCUAAGAAGCCGUGCUCGAAAACUUUCAGCACCAUGCACGAGCUGGUAAACCACGUCACGGUGGAGCACGUCGGCGGACCCGAGCAGAGCAACCACGUCUGCUUCUGGGAGGAAUGUCCGCGCGAGGGCAAGGCGUUUAAAGCAAAGUACAAACUGAUCAACCACAUCCGAGUUCACACGGGAGAGAAACCGUUUCCUUGCCCUUUUCCUGGUUGUGGAAAAGUGUUUGCACGCUCGGAAAACCUAAAGAUUCACAAGAGGACUCACACAGGUGAGAAGCCUUUCAAAUGCGAGUUUGACGGCUGCGACAGAAAAUUCGCCAACAGCAGUGACCGGAAGAAGCAUUCCCACGUGCACACCAGCGACAAGCCGUACUACUGCAAAGUGCGCGGCUGUGACAAGUCCUACACGCACCCGAGCUCACUGCGGAAACACAUGAAGGUGCACUGCAAGUCUCCUCCGCCCCCUUCCUCCAGCUCGGCCGCCGGGUAUCAUUCCUCCUCUGCGGCGCUCGGUGACGCGCUCGCGCCCUCCACAGAACCGCAGCGGAGCCGCGCCGCCAACCUCUCCCCGCAGGUCACCAACCUCAACGAGUGGUACGUAUGCCAGGGCAGUGCUGUCCCCAACAAUCUCCACACCCCCUCCAGCGAUGUGCCAACCUCCGAAUCCGACGACGAGGACUCUUUUAGACAUUCAGACCCAAGGACGAUGCUCUGAUACGAAGCACAAGGGAUAUAUUUAUGUUGCAUCCCUCCCAGACACUGUUUUUAUACAUCUGUAACAUCAUGUGUUUGAGGCGCAGUAGUCUACUCAGAAGUGUUGGCGAAAAAAACACACAACAGCGCCGCGGAUGUCAGAUGGUGAAGAGCAUGUGCCAUCAGUCCAUAUCCUACCCUAUCCUACCCUAACCUACCCUACCCUAACCUACCCUAACCUACCCUAAGCUCCCUUAUUCUACCCUAACCUACCCUAACCUCAUUUACCCUACCCUAACCUACCCUAACCUCCUCUAUCCUACCCUAACCUACCCUAACCUCAUUUACCCUACCCUAACCUACCCUAACCUCCUCUAUCCUACCCUAACCUCCCCUAACCUACCCUAACCUUCCCUAACCUACCCUAACCUGCCCUAACCUACCCUAACCUCCCCUAUCCUACCCUAUCCUGCCCUUUGCCUUUAAGCUGCGCAUAGCGCGUUCAUGUACCACUAGACCCUAUUACAUAAUGAUCAACGCAUUAAUAACUUCGAAUAAAUGUGUUUGACAGUCGUUUUUAACUAAAUUAUUUUAUUUAAUGACAUACAAGGGGUGCAUCUCAUCAACAAAACACGGGAUCAUUUCACACCCUUUGCUUUCCAAUUCUGAACCAAGAUACUAUUUCCUGCAUUGCCAAAAGGACUGUGUGGGCUCAGCUGAUUAAGUCAUAUCCAGCCUAUUAAGUGACACCGACAUUGUUCAGAUGAAACAAUAACCGGUGAUUGAUGUGUUUGUAUCAAUGACUGGACAGUUUUCUAUAGCUUAUGUUUCUCCCCAGAGGUCUUUUAUAGUGACGGACUGAUGAAUAUCUGUGGGGCGAUUGUCCUUUACCAAGUGUUUCUAUAAUGUAAACAUUCCUGAUGUUUUUGCAAUGAGAAACAUGUUCCAACAGGCAUGUCUAUCACUUCUAUUAUAUCAGUACAAUCUUAGAAAAAAAAGGGUAAUGAACUGUACCUUUCUUUGUCGCUAGGGUGGUACACCUUGUAUUUUGAACAUUUAAUAUGUAGCUUUCAACUGGAAAUGUGCAUAUAGUGUACAUUUAAUGUAUUUUAUGUAGCAAUUAUGUAGCAAAAAAGAUUGACAUAACGUACAUCAUUGGACCCUUAAUGACCUUUUAGAGUAAAGGUACACUAGGCUAUAUGCACAUUUCCAGGUUAAAUAUACAUACUAAAGGCACAAAGGGGUCCACUUGAGAGUACCUUUUUUUUCCUGAGAGUCUACUGAGGGAAAACUGUUUAUUCUAGAAAUUGUUGAGUACUUGUUUUAAAAUUUAUACAAUAACUGUGGUCAGGAGAUUUUUUGUGGUAUUUAAGGACUAUUUAGACUGUAUUUUAUGCAAAAAAAAUCCAAUGUAACUCUAAUUUAAGAGUACGAAUAUGUCCUCUGAGACCCUAAAUUAUGUAAAGUGGACGGGCCUGUUCCCUGAAUGAUGUGUAAAAAGCCUCAUAGUGUCGAUGCUUGUGAAUGUUGUGCUAACGUCCCAACCAAUUUUGUACAUUGUAAUUUAUUUGCUGGUAAUAAUGUUUGGUCUGGAAUUACAGAUACACCAAAGAAUAAUAUGAUUAAUUUUGGUGAAAUGUAGUGAUUUUUAUCGUGUUGUGUAAAAAAAAAAGGUUUUACUUGAAUAGACUUAGCCUAUGUGUAAUGUGAAGAGUCCCUCGCAUGCCCUGUGUAGUAACUGUGUGUUUUUAUUGCGGUGCAUGGUGCUGUUCAAUGUGCUGGGGGAAAGAAUGAAGAGGAUUGUCGAGAUUUUUGGUGUUCGUGAUGAAAUUGAUAUGAAUAAAUUUAUGGACCUGAAUUAAAAAAACAAACAAAAAAAAAAAAGC